CAAGCAGCAACGCUGCCUCUGGAUCUGUUGGAUUUGCAGUGUAGGUGUGCCCAGCUGCAUGCAGAGCAGGCUGUAUUUCACACCAAAAACGCAGAAGGAAUGUCGCCAGUGUGAAAAGGUCACUGUGUCGAAUGAAGGAUCUCUACGGGGUUGUGGUCAAUGUCUUCUGUCUGUUGCCAGUCUUUCUACGUCGUUAGCCUGUGUCUUCCUGGAGCAGACCACCCUCACCUUCCAGCACCACGACCUGGCUCUCCCCUAAGACCCCUGGCCAAUCACUGGCUCUGAACAGUGUUGCCAUGGACACUGAGUCCACCCACUCUGGCUACUCCAGCCGCUCCAACAGAUCCAACAGACAUGGGGAGCAGAGCCGCCGCGAGCGUCGUAAGCUCAGCAGUAAGGACAGCAGCCGGUCGGAGAGGUCUGUAGUCAUCAACACAUCCGACGGGCCCACCCCAGCCUCCCCCGUCCACGCCGGCGAUGCCCUGCUGGAAGUCCCUGCCUCAGUGGCUGGAGACGAUGCCCCAAGCCUCCAGGACGACAACUGGGGAGAGACCACCACAGCGGUGACGGGCACCUCAGAGCUCAGCCUGUCCCAGGAAGAGGUGGUGGGCCUGGAGAAGGGCCCCGAGGACGGCCGGGGGCAAGGCUGGCGAUGCUACGCUCCCCUGGCUCUGGGCCUCUGUGUGGGGCUGCUGGUCCUGGCCACCCCCCUGGCCUUCCUGAUCCUCCCGGCGGUGCUGUGGCCGGACCGGCUGCAGGCCUGCGGCUCGGCCUGCGAGGGCCUCUUCCUCUCGGUGUCCUGUAAGCUCCUGAUCCUCCUGCUCGCCGUGUGGGCCGUGUUCCUGAGGCAGUCCCGCGCCAGCCUGCCCAGAGUGUGUGUGUACCGGGCCACCCUGGCCACUCUGACUCUGCUCCUCACGCUGUCCUACUGGCUGUUCUACGGGGUUCGCAUCCUCGACUCGCAGGAUGAGGACUACCAGGGAAUCGUCCAGUUCGCCGUGUCUCUGGUGGACUCCCUGUUGUUCGUCCACUACCUGGCCGUGGUGCUGCUGGAGCUCCGACACCUGCAGCCCUCCUACAGCCUGUGUGUCACCCGCUCCACCGACGGAGAGACGCGCCACUACAACCUGGGACAGCUCAGUAUUCAGAGGGCAGCUCUGUCCGUGCUGGAGUUCUACUACAGGGACUUCCCCCUCCAUAACCCCGCCCUUCUCUCCGCCUCCAAACACCGCGCCGCCAAGCACCUGGCUGGCCUGAAGGUCUACAGCGUGGACGGCCCAGAGAGCCCAGUGGGGUCUGCAGGAGGGUCUGGCGGGCCACAGGUCGGGGGUCAGUCACGCUCUGCCAUCUCUGCCGCAGCCAAGCGUAGGGAAGCCACUCACAAUGAGCUCUACUACGAAGAGGCUGAUCUUGAAAGACGCGUUCGCAAACGAAGAGCCAGACUGGUGGUGGCUGUGGAGGAGGCCUUCAUGCACGUGAGGCGGAUGCAGCAGGAGGAGCAGAAAGUGGCCCCCGGCGACGUGAUGGACGUUAGGGAGGCAGCCUUGGCCAUCUUCCCCUCAAUGGCCCGCGCCCUGCAGAAAUACCUCCGAACCACCAGGAGGCAGCACUGCCACAGCAUGGACAGCAUCCAGAGGCACCUGGCCUUCUGCCUAACACACAACAUGAGCCCCAAGGCGUUCCUGGAGGCCUAUCUGUCUCCGGGUCCAACCCUGCAGUACGGCCCCGAGCGCUGGAUGGCUGGUCAGUGGACCCUGGUCAGCGAGGCAGCAGUCACCAGCGGUCUGAAGGACGCCACCGUCUUCUCGCUUCGGUGUCUAGACUUUAGCCUGGCGGUCGCGGUCAAGUCCAUCCCCUACAUUAGGAUGACCGAGGAGUACGUCGACCCCAAGUCGCACAAGUUCACCCUGCGUCUCCAGUCAGAAACGUCCGUCUGACAGACACCAGUAGAAGGGCUUUGGCUGUUCUAGGACUUACACCAUUUUGGUAUGCUAAUUCAUGUUAAGUUCCUUGAUCCCCUUUUUUACUUUGAUAUACUCUUAUUGUGGUAUUUUGUGGCUGUCUUAAAUUAUUGGUAUUACUUUUUAUAACUAUUUUUUUGGCUGCUUGGUUUUUAUUCCGUGUAAUUUAUAUGAACAGAUUCGUAUGGGAUAUUGUAAUAAGAUGAAGAGAUGGCUGUGCGUAGUUAAUAAGCGUCUGGGAUCCCCAGCCCCCCUGGCUUCUCUGGACCGAAGAUGAAAGCAGGAAAGAGAGAGGAAAUAUGCUCUGAUUUCUAUUGUCCUGAGGCUCGCUAGUACAUUGAAUUACGUCAGAGUUUUUUCUAUGCACUGUAAAUGUCCCCUCCUGCAUUUUUGUUCUGUGUGUGUUUGUGUGUGUGUGUGUGUGUGUGCGUGCAAACUAUAUCUACACCCAGUCUGGCUGUAUAUCUACCUGUCCCUGGAGCCUCCCUAGGGUUGCUAUAGCAACAGUGGGUAUUUCUUUUAUAUUGUCUGCCUUGCUAACAUGAAUGAACUGCUACUUAAUCACCAAUACAAUUUUGGACUUCAGGGAACAUUUUUAUCAAACAAAAAUCUGAUUUUGUUUACUUCCAAUGGAUUGUACAUGUUUAAAUAUACAGGAAUUAUUCAGAACUCUUUACUUUCUCCGCAUUUUUUGUUACAGACUUUAUAAUCAACCUACACCAUACCUGAUGAUUUUCUGCCAGUUUAUUAAAAAAGCACUGGUGAACUGUGAUUUUCAGGUCUCCUCACAGACUUUUAAUUCCAGGCUUUGGCUAGGCCAGUCAAUGACAUUCAACGACUGGUCUACUCCAAUCUAAGUUACUGAAUACUGGGCGCUCUGAAUCAGGUUUUUUUCAAGGACCACUCCGUAUUUUGUUGUUCAUCCUUUCCUAAAUCCUGACCAGUUAUGCUUUGUCACUCACUAUUGUAUGUAGAUUGAUGGAAAAAACAAAUACAUUCAAUCAAUUAUAAAUUAAGUAUGUGGCACAAAAAAUGUGGAGAACAUGAAGGGGUCUGAAUACUUUCGAAAAGCACUGUAUAAUAUAUAUUACAUUCGGUCAUGUGAAUAAUUUAGUACAUACCCUAAAAAGUUGUCUUUUUUGUGCUGAUUUGGAAAAAUGGAUAGUUGAGCUGAAGUUCAGCCACAUUCAUGACAAAGAUAAUUUAAGUCACACUUAAGCCAUUUUUGGAAUUAAAUAAACAGAAACACGAUUUCCUUACACGGAUAAUGUAAGUACACCCGCUCCUUAACCAUCACGUACAAUGGCUAGAAUUAGAACCAGGUAUUUAGCCUGGUAUUAAGUGAAAAAAGGCCUUUGGACGGAAGAACUUUGUUCUGUAAAUCACUGAAGCUGUGGUGUUAUGGUCUGGGGCUGCUUUUCUGCCCCAGGGCCAGCUUUCCAUCAACGAGUCAACCAUGAUUUCUUCAUUGUACCUGAGAAUUCCUAAGGAGAAUGUGAGGACAUCUGUCAAAUAGUUGAGGCUGAGCCAAACAUGGAUCUUGCGACAGGACAGUGAUCCAGAACACACAAGCAAAGCGACGACAGAAUGGCUCAAAAAGAACAGCGUUACAGACUGGCAAAGUCAGAGCCUAGAUCUCAAUCCUGUUGAAGUGCUGUGGGGGAUUUCAGGUGAGCUAUGCAUGUUGAAGCAAUACUGUAAUCAAUAGUGGGCAAAAAUUCUCUCCUAGUUUGUGCAGGAGAUGGGUAUACCGUUACAGGAAAUGGCUACUGAAUGUUAUUUCAGCCAAAACGGGCAGCCAGAGAUGUACUUAUUUGUUACAUACGUCCAAAUAUGUGAGAACAAUGACCAUUUUCCAGGGGGUGUACUUGUUCACAUGACUAUGUUUUUUUUUAAAUCCAGGUCAUUGACACUUUUCUACCUUGUCUGACUGCCCAUGGUUCUGAAAGAAUAGGGCUGAACCGGGUCCUGUUGGGUUACCAUAGGACUUCUAGACAUAACAGUCCAAGGUGGUGUCAGAAUGUGUUGGACUCAAACCCAAAGCAGUUGAGCAGACAAGUGUGCGAGACACAUUUGGCUGAGUGUAUGUGUGCAUUUGCUUGUGUUUCUUUGUGUGUGUGUGAGAGAGAGAGAAACCUCUUGAGACUAUCUGAGAUUAAUAAAUAUAUAGUGUACUUUAUGAUUCGGCAUCUACUGACAACACAUUCAAUAGAUUUGUCUCUUAUCUCUAGAUGAAAGGCUGCUAUUAUUGUAUUUUUGCAGAUCCUAACCCUGUAAGUUGUAUGAAGUGCAUUGAGCCUCAAGCUUUUCAUCUUCAGGUAUGAAACAAGACUGCAGAUAGAAGUAGGAUGGUGCAAUGUCCUUUAUCCUAGUCUCCAUGGUUGGAGCAUUUCAGAAGACAAGAAAACACAGAGCUCGGGGGAUGUUUGUUGUUCCAGACAUGACUGAUAGCUUCUCCAUUACUGCCUCCAGGACUGCAAACACAUAUUGUCAUGUACUGAAGCCUAAUUCUGCUGAUGGGAGUAGGGCCCCAAUGAUGCGUUUGGAUGUUUGAAAUGACAUUUAAUAUUGAUGCAGAGUUUUGACAAGAUUCUCACGAUAGUGACAACUGUGUCCCAAAAGUGACAGGCCUCCUGUUCAUGACGGAUGUGUUCAGUCGGAACAAAGACUGUACUGCCAUCUAGCCACAACUAUGAAAACUGCAACUGCUAUUGAAUUGGACUUGAAUUUCUCUAAUCUCUCUUGACUCAAUUAUCUACAGUAUUCAUUUGAUUUAAUAUUGAAUUGUUUUAAUCAUAUCUUCCCCUAUUAAGUGUGCAUAUAUUUGAAGACUAUGUUAGACAAAACAUUUUUGGUAAAUGUAAUUGUACAAUCAUUGUUAUCUCAUAAAAAGUAACUUGUUGUUGAGGAUUUUGUACUAAUGAAUAUGUUGUUAGUGAUUGAUAGGUCUAAGGAAGGUUGCCAACCAAUUGCUUUCUGUUAUGAAAUUCAACCAAUUCAGAUAUGUUAGUUCUUUAAGGAGAAAGGAUGCCUUUUCAAAGAGUUUUAACCAGUACUUGGUUUUGACGUGUCUCCUUCGCUAGAAAGGUGCCUCUGUUUUGAAGAACAUAUGAUGUACACUAAACAUGUUAUUGUAUGCAAGUAUGUUUAUCCAAUAAUCUAUGGUUAGGAUUGAGUGUGGGCCUGAUUGAGUGAGUGAUUGUCACCCUAUAUUUACUACUGACCAAUUUAGUCUCAAGUGUUCACUGGUUGAUUUUAUAAGAUUACAGAUAUGGAAUUACAUGAACUGUAUCCAGACUCACAUUUGUAAAAAUAAAUAUUU